GGGCUCUCCUCCGCCGGGGCCGUCUUCAUCAUGCUGAAGUCGGCGCUGGGUGCGGGGCUGCUGAGCUUCCCCUGGGCCUUCGGCAGGGCCGGCGGGGCUGCCCCUGCCCUCCUGGUGGAGCUGGGCUCGCUGGUGUUCCUGGUGAGCGGGCUGGCCGUGCUGGGCUACGCCGCGGCCCUCAGCGCCCAGCCCACCUACCAGGGCGUCGUCCGGGCGCUGUGUGGGCCGGCGCUGGGCAAGCUCUGCGAGGUCUGCUUCCUCCUCAACCUCUUCAUGAUCUCCGUGGCCCUGCUCAGGGUGGUGGGGGACCAGCUGGAGAAACUGUGUGACUCCCUGUAUGCCAACGGGACGCUGAGCCUGGCCCCCCCGCGGCCCUGGUACGCAGAGCAGCGCUUCACCCUCCCGGCACUCUGCGGCCUCGUCAUCUUCCCCCUCUCCGUCCCCAGGGAGAUCGGCUUCCAGAAGUACUCCAGCAUCUUGGGCACGCUGGCCGCCUGCUACCUCACGCUGGUCAUCAUCCUGAAAUACCACUUGCAGGGAGAGAGGCUGGGCUUGCCCGAGCCCCCCCAGCCUGCCAGGGCCUCCUCCUGGGCCUCCAUCUUCAGCGUCAUCCCCACUAUCUGCUUUGGCUUCCAGUGCCACGAGGCCUGUGUCACCAUCUACAGCAGCAUGCGCAACCAGAGCUUCUCCCACUGGCUCGCUGUCUCCGUGCUCUCCAUGCUCAUCUGCCUACUCAUCUACUCCCUCACCGGGCUCUACGGUUACCUGACGUUCGGCGAGGCCGUGGCCCCGGACGUGCUGAUGUCGUACCCGGGGAGCGACCCGCUGGUCAUCGUCGCCCGCCUGCUCUUCGGCGUCUCCAUCGUCACCAUCUACCCCAUCGUGGUGCUGCUGGGCCGGUCGGUGGUGCGGGACGUGUGGGUGACCCCCAAGGCCGGGCCCGGGGAGGUGGCCGCGGCGCGGGAGCGGCGGAACCGCGUGGCACUGACGGUGGCCUGGAUGGCCGCCACGCUCGCCAUCGCCCUCCUCGUCCCCGACAUCGGCAAGGUCAUCGAGCUCAUCGGCGGCAUCAGCGCCUUCUUCAUCUUCAUCUUCCCAGGGCUGUGCCUGGUGUGCAUGACCGGCACCCGCAGCCUGGGGCCUCACAAAAGGGCUGUGCUCGUGGCUUGGGGGGUCCUGUCGGUGCUCGGCGGGGCCUUCGUCUGCGGGCAGAGCGCUGCCCUGGCCGUGCUGGGGCUGCUGCGCUGA